AUGAGCAAGCGUGCUGGGAAGAAGGCGAACGGGCAUGCCAACACAAGCGCGACUAUGAACGGCGUACUGGAGCAUAGGCGCAGGCAUGGCUCCAUCGACAACAGCAGCCCGGCGAGCCAGGCCGCGUCGCUGAUGCAGCGGUCGAGCUUUAGCUUAGACGAUCCAGUGCCGGCUCUGCAUCAUGAAGAGGACGGCCCGUCAAAGGGCUUCUUUGAGCUGCCAAAAAAGGAUCAGAGGAACUUCCUGCUGCUGGUGCUGCUAUACUUCCUCCAAGGUAUCCCAAUGGGUCUGGCGACCGGAUCGGUACCCUUCCUACUCAAGAGCGUUGUUUCCUAUUCGUCGAUCGGGGUAUUCUCCCUGGCCGCAUACCCGUAUUCAUUGAAACUGCUGUGGAGCCCUAUCGUGGACGCCGUGUGGACUCCGAAACUCGGGCGCCGGAAGAGCUGGAUCUUGCCCAUUCAGACCGUCUCGGGAUUCUCGAUGCUAUGGCUGGGUUCCAAGGUCAAGAAGAUGAUGGAAUACGCGGGAGAGAAAGAAGGCAACGGCAUCUGGAACUUCACGUUCUGGUGGUUUGCCCUGGUGUUCUUGUGCGCCACACAGGAUAUCGCCGUGGAUGGCUGGGCGUUGACCCUUCUUUCGCACGAAAAUCUUUCCUAUGCCUCGACCGCGCAGACGGUGGGCCUAACCGCCGGCCAAUUCAUGUCCUACACGGUGUUCCUCGCUUUCAAUUCGAAGGAUUUCGCGAACAAGUGGUUCCGUCCUGCGAAUGCACCAGGAGAUACUGGCCUCAUGACUCUCGACGGAUACCUGACGUUCUGGGGCUGGGCAUAUCUGGUUGUUACCUUCGGCUUGGCAGUCAUGAAGCGCGAGGAGCGCACAAAGGAUACAGACGGCGUCGCCGAGGUGUACCAGUCGAUGUGGGGCAUCCUCAAGCUGAAGAACAUUCAGACGUUCAUCAUCAUCCAUCUGAUCGCCAAAAUCGGGUUUCAAGCCAACGACGCCGUCACGAGCCUGAAGCUCCUCGACAAGGGCUUCAGCCAGGAAGACCUCGCACUCACCAUUCUCAUCGACUUCCCGAUCGAAGUUUCCCUGGGAUACUACAUCGGGAAAUGGUGCCAGACGUCUCCUCCCAUGCACAUCUGGUGUUGGGCAUUCGUAGGCCGACUGGUUGCCGCUGGAUUCGCGCAGUUCGUUGUUUCGAUUUUCCCCCCUGGCGGAACAACUCUCUGGUAUCUGCUCCUUGUCAUCUGCGAACACGUGCUCUCGACCUUCAUGAACACAGUCAUGUUCGUGGCGGUAUCGGCGUUCCACGCAAAGAUUUCUGAUCCCGUCAUCGGCGGAACGUACAUGACACUGCUUGCUACCGUUUCGAAUCUAGGCGGCACCUUCCCGCGAUACUUUGUGCUCGGAUUUGUCGAUAUUUUCACGGUGGCCACAUGCGAGCCACCCGCGACACCUCCGAAGGCCGAACUCCUCAAGGGCGACCUGGUCACGCAGGCCUUUUCGUGCGUGCUCGAGGCUGAGAAACACCGCUGUCGAGACGGUGGCGGCGUCUGUAACGUGACGACGGACGGCUACUACGUGACCAACAUUAUCUGUAUCAUUAUCGGCGUUGUGACGUUCUGGGGCUUCAUCAAGCCGGCGGUGAUGAGGAUCCAGGCGCUGCCUCUGCGUGCCUGGCGGCUGUCAGAGUAG